UCAUUUGCUGCGCGAGACGAGCAGACAAUCACCAUGGAGUAUAUAUGUGAUAAGGCAUGAUGUCAAAAUCUUUAUUGUAUUUUUAAUCUACUAAUUACUUUAUAAAAAUCAUUUGUUUCGGUUUUCUAAUUGAGUACAGUAGGAAUUAUUAUAAAGAUUUAAAGUAACAGAAUGGCAGGCAUUGUGAUUUUAGUCGGACUGGUGAUCACUCUCCCAAUAUUAAAAGCCGGACUUAUGAUGGACCCAGGCAGUGGGCCUACUAUACUUGAUGAACUAAUGACUGGUGGCUCAAAUGUCACGGGUCCACCUAUGACAAACUUCACUACUCGAGCAGAAACCGGAACAGUGCCCGGAGUCACCUUCCCUAGAGAAGGGGGAGGGGGAUUUACAUUUGAAAACCGUAGUACAGGAAUGAUUACAGAUCCAGUUGGUUUUGGCCGUCGUGACCGCAAUGAUACAGGCAGUAUACUUGAUGCAAUAAUGACUGGUGGGUCAAAUGUCACGAGUUCACCUAUGACAAACAUCACUACUCAAGCAAUGACAAACUUCACUACUCAAGCAAUGACAGAUUUCACUACUCAAGCAAUGACAGAUUUCACUGGUCGGGCAGAAACUGGAAGAGUGACCGGAGUCACCAUCCCUAAGAAAAGGGGAAGGGGAUUUAGAUUUGAAGACCGUGGUACAGGAAUGGUUGACCGUGGUACAGGAAAAAUUGUCCGCGGUACGGGAAUGGUUGACCGUGGUACAGGAAAAAUUAACCGCGGUACAGGAAUGGUUGACCGUGGUACAGGAAAAAUUGACCGCGGUACCGGAAUGGUGGACCGUGGUACAGGAAAAAUUGACCGCGGUACGGGAAUGGUUGACCGUGGUAUAGGAAUGGUUGCCGGUGAUAUGGGCACAGGUCCAGUUAGUUUCGGCCGUCGUGACCGCAAUGGUACAGUUCUGUCUCCUGGUCUAGCGUCUAUAGAGCAAAGACGUUUGAAUCGACUUUGCGCGGAGAAAUGUAAGACUGAGCAUUGUUACUUGGCCGACGAAUUAGACUGUCGUAAUUUUAUAAAUUGUCAGCAGGACACGAGAAGUAGUUAUCAUGCUACACUACAGCCAUGUGCAUUCGGGACAUAUUGGGCAGGACUUCAGUUACAACAGAAAAUUACGUGUGAUGUACCAACAGAAGUAGUGUGCAAUAGAGGUAGUUUAUCAAUUCAAUACUUGUUUGUUUUUUCAGGUUUUGUUAUGCCCCCACAAAGUGGGGGCUAUUGGUUGCCCUUGGGCCCUCCGUCCGUGCGGCCCCCCCGUCAGUCCCUGUUAGUCCCUCCCGGCCCUAGUCCCCAAAAUUUUUGA